UCUCUUUAAAACUCGCUUCACACAAUGUAAUCAGCAUCGGCAUCGAGCAAUGGCUGCAACCAACGUCGGCAUUCCGCAACCAAGAACCGAACACGGAUGAGCCGGGCGGAUCUUUCUUUUGUACUGCCUUAACAGCAUUAACUGCGAUAAGCGUUAACAGAGGACCACAGCUAUCACGAUGGAUGUAGGCGAAGUUCGUAUUGCAGAUGAUCGAGAUUUUGAACGCUUGAAAGCUUUGGCCGACAAGCACGACGGCUGGAAAGUCGAGUACAAGAAAAAAGAUACCACCGUGUGGACUAAAUCAACCCAGCAAACUGAAUUCAAGAUGAUAAAGCUGCACACCGUGUACAAGGAUGUCAGUCCGGCUUUACUGUUCGACGUUUUAAUGGAUCCACUGUAUAGAAAAAAGUGGGAUGUCUACGUGCUGGAGAGCUACGACAUUGGAUUCUUGAAUCCCAACAACGACGUUGGAUAUUACGCAGUUCGGUCUCCACCGCCUUUCAAAAACAGGGACUUCGUCCUCCAGAGAUCCUGGCUACAAACGGAGAAAGAAUGCCUCAUAAUAAACCAUUCAGUGUUUCACGAGUCUGCACCACCAAAGAAGGGUUUUGUGCGAGCCGUUUCCUACCUGACCGGACUUGUUAUUCAACCAGAUGGAAGUUGUGGUUGUAAGCUGACCUACGUAACGCAAUGCGACCCCAAAGGUUCACUCCCAGCAUGCUUUGUGAACAAGCUCACCCAAAUUUUCGCUCCAAAUAUGGCAAAGAAGUUGCGAAAGGCUUGCCUGGAAUACAAUGACUGGAAGAGAGCUCACCAGCCCAGCUACAAGCCUUGGCUGCACCCAGAACAGAUAAGCAUGCCGAGACUGGAUGUGUCGCGCUGUGUGAGUACAGGGCAUCAGGAAAUGCAGGAGGACAUCCUGGACGAAAGUCUCGUUGAAGACCAAGAGAUCUGUGGUUUUGAGGACGUUGACGACAUGUAGUUGUGCUCAAGAGAGGCUGCGGAUUGGGUUUGGUACUGUUCAUUGGCCGAAGGUCUGUGUCUAAUCAAGGGCUGUGCUUGUCUUGUCUCCAGUUAUUCAUAGAUGUGCAGCAAACUGAUAGUGUAACACCAAAGCAAUACUGAAAGCUAUAGCCAACCUGGUGCUAUUUAUGUAAUUCAGCUUUCUGAAAGCCAAGAAGCUGCUCAUAAACAGUCACUGUUGACAUAAGCCAAAGAUAACAGUAGCCGGCUCUUUUGUCCAGACUUCCUGAAUAUGUUGGGCUUCUUGCGGUGAAAUCAUUGUUGUAUCAAAAUUGCAUAUAUUCUGCCAUUCAGUGGAACAUAAAUUGCAAAAAACCUGCAGCGGUGGUUUUGCAGCUAUGGCGUUGUGCUGCUAAGCAUGAGGCCAUGGGAUCAGAUCCCAGCCGCAGUGAGUGCAUUUCGAUGGGGGCGAAAUGCAAAAACAUCUGUGUCCUGUGAAUUGGGGCAUGUUAAUGAUUCCGUGGUGGUCAAAAUUAAUCUGGAGUCACUACGGCGUGCCUUAUAAUGAAAUCGUGGUUUCGGCAUGCAAAUUCCCAGAAUCAGUUUUCAGUAAGUUUCAAAAGCUUGUUUAUCCUAGAGGCCUGAGCUGCUUGCUGCUGAUGGAUCAUUUGUCAAGGCCGAGUUUGUUUGCUGCAGUGUGUGCCAUUGCACAGUUUUCUGUCUUUCACUAGCACCGGUGACGUUUAACCUACUUUCCAGAGUGAAUUUUCUUCUCUCUUUUCUUUUUUUUUUCCUCUGUGCUUGCAGGCAAGGCCUAUGAAUGUUCAUAUUCCUCUCCGUCCGAGGCUACAGGUUUAAGUGAUGCGUGAUCAACCUAUUGUUCACUAAAUCUGUAUGGUCAUUUCACUAGAUCACAUCACUGCCAUUAACAUGGGCACUAGCAGUAGCUGGGUAUGUUUGCAUUUUAAUGUCAGUGCGGAAAAGAAAAACCUGUGAAAAUGUAGUCAUACAACCUUCACACUGGAGUGGCUGUACCAUUGUUUUUGAGGAGUAUGUGGCUUCUUGUGGCCCCAGCUGAAGCUUGUGGCCAACUUUAAGAUGAGGCACUAAUUUUCUUAUAAUUGACUGGUCCAGAGACUUUUCAUUAACAUAUGUGUUAGCCAUUCAAAGCAACUAUAAUCUUAAAUAUUGUACACCCCUCAAGGCUUAAUGGUAUUGCAAAAAAAUAAUAACCAAUCUCAUGUGUAUUUUCUUUCUUUAACACUAUGCACCUACUAAUUUCUUGUAAUGCUGUGGUAUUCUUAAGAUGUGCACGUAAUUUUUGACAGGAAAGUAUGCUGGGCAUGCAUUAUUAAAAAAAAGAUGCGUGCAAGAUUGGGGAUAAUUUUUUUUUUUGUGUGUGACAAUGUUGCGCCUUAAGGGGGGAUAAUUUUUAGUAGUGUAGUGUUUCAUAGCAAAGCAGAGGUAGUCGGAAGUCUGCAUGAGUGCAAAUUGGCUGCAGUAGAACAAGUUAGGCCACUGAUAACAUCUCCACUGUCCAGGUUAGCUGCAUUUUUUUAACGAAAUCUAUUCUUUUUUUGUUUGAAAGCCUCUUCAUGGCCACCCAUAGUCUGUGCUGUAUGGUUACUCUGAUACAAAGCACGCCCGAGCAACUUACAAGCUAUUCAAGAAAGCAUGCAAGUUAAAUGAAUGGCAUUAUAAAUGUGUGCAGCAUAUUGCUAUACAAGGGAAUUCCACGUGGUAUUGCAUUAUUAAGCAACAGUCAUUAAAAACCAAAAGACUGAUUACCUACAAGCAAAAGCUAAGGCAGGAAAAGAUUCAUUUCACUCACACUUCAGCAGACACAGAGUUCUGUGGAAGCCCACGAAGGGCAGGAAGGUUCAUGAAAGGGAAAAUUGUCAUCCACCUGACUGUAGCUUGAAGCUACAAAAGAAACCCAUAGGGGUUUCUGAGAAAGCAAGCUUCAUAGUUUAGGAAAGAUUUGUCCUGGUUUAAAUCGGAGCACUAAUUUUCCUUCGACUGCAAAGCUUUCUUUACCAGAAACCCGCAUGGGCUUCCUUUGUAAUUUCGUGUUACCAUCAGGUACAUGAAAAUUUGCCCUUUCAUGCAUUUAGUAUUUAAUUCAGUGGCUAAAGUUUUUUUUUUUCUCCACGUUGCUCGUUUGCAGUAAACAGAAAGCUGCCAUUGGGUAUGGCAAAAAUUAUCAAGGUACCAUAGGUAAAUUGGGGUAGUGCUGUGACAUAACAAAUUGUCAGAGGGCAGCAGAAAGAGAUGGUGUAUUGCUACUCGAUAAGACUCCUUACAUGACAAAUCAGUUUCGCGGUAAUCUGUAAUAUGGUAGAACUUUCAUGAGAGAGCAAAAUUGUCGCCAAUCUAACAGUGGCAUGAAGCAACAAACGAAUCUUUUCUUCGUAGGUUGCUUUCAUUUCCUUUACGGCUUGACACAAAACCAAGCAAUCUGUUUUCUCAAAAGGGCUUGUUGCUGGGCAAGUUGGCAUGGUUUACUAUACGUUCUUUUUGGCAAUGCAAAAAAAACAUACUAUACAGUGUGUGUGUCUGUUGUGUUCUGUGUUUGGUGUCUGUCUUUUGUGCCGUUAUAUAGAAUGUAUAGUAAUCUGUUUCCUGUCAAAAUUGAGUUGGAACAUGCAAAAAGAAAUGGCGGGCACUGCAGAUAUGAAUUGAAGAUUCAGUUUCAGGUUGUAAUGAUCUUCUUGUGCACUUUCAUGUCCUUGUAUGUUUUAAACCUUUUGCACCCUUUUACAUUGCACCUACUUUAGUAAGCUAUCUUUAUUAUAUUUAUUGCCUAUUCUGAGCUUGACAAUGUUCCUCUUGUCUCCUAACUUAUUACCUUGAUGCCAAAUGCUUAGUUUAGCAAAAGCACAGUUUCUGAGCUUGUCUGAUGGAGAUUAGUUUCCUUACCCAACAGUACGGAAACCCAUUGAAGUUCACAAAGAAAGGUUUAUAUUUUUUUUUAUAUUUAUGCAUACAUUCUUUGGUCUUUCGUAAGAGCUUUGAAGCCGCUGUGCGUGUUACCUCUUCCCGGGCUCCACACUCUGGCUCCUUCUUUGCAGUAUAAAGCCCCAGAGGUUGGAAAAGACAGUGCUAGACUUUCGAAGCAUCAGGCCUGCUACCGUAACUUCACUGUAGGACCUCUUAACAGAUUUGCUGCUCAAGGUGGCAUGCAGCAAAUCAAACCUUGGCAGGCACAUGUAAUCCGGAGACUUUGUAACCUGUGACGCUGUUUGUCCUGUAGUUAUUUGUGCCGUUUGCUCUGCAUAAGACUGGUGUGUUGCUUAGUGCCAGUGAUCUUCGACUCAGUGUCAGUGCUCUUAAGUUCCAAAGCGUGCGGGUGCAAAUUAACUUUUCUUGUGAGAUGUGGUGCUCCUACUGUGGUGGGGGAACGUAAAUACCUCAUUGGUUUGCAUUGCACUGUACAAACAUUCUUUGGCAUGCAGGUCAUCCAAGGAGGUUUGAUUGCCAUUAACAGUUGAGGUAGUAAUCUUUGGUGCAGGCAAAUGCAAAAAAAACAAGAAAACAGGGGACAUGGUACCAUGCUUCUUCAGCCAUAUUUGUAACAACAGAAAGCUGGGUAAUUUGGUAGAUUCAUGGUACAAAAAGGCAGGUGUGCUGUACAACCCUCAGAAAGACGACACAGUGGUUUUUGUUAACGUUCUCAUUAUGUCUGUGUUUUUCAUGCCUGCCACUUUGUAUCAUGAAUUCAGCCAUGUUUAUUUUCUGUCAGAUUGAUCGCAUGUGUCACAUUUUGAUGGGCCUGUUCAGCACAUGAGGGCAGCACAUGUCUUGCACCAAGAGAUUACAUAAGCACUGUGAGCACUCAGGAAAAAGGAUCGUUCUCUUGCUUUUGGUCUUUCACUUUACUGUACCCAUGGUAAAUGGUUGACUACUACAGUGGGAGGUCUGCGUGAAAGUUUACAAGGCUUAAAUAGAAAAUGUACAAGAAAAGAUGCACAUAGUUUCGGUGCUGAGAAAAAUAUUUUAAUACUCGGAAUGCAUGAAGGUUGUAUAGCUUCUGUGUUUUGAUCCAAAAGCAUCAAAUGGCCAAUUGAGCAAAAAAGCUGGUGGCAUCUGUAGAAGCGAAACUUCCCAUUGGCUGUGGCGCUAGUUCGCACUUGCUGGCUUGGGCCUUGCUGGAGCAGAGUAGGCAAAAGGCAAAAACACCUGCUGCUGCAGUAUUGUGUAAGGAUAGAGGUCACCACCCUCUGAAACCUGUGUUAUCUGCUCGUUCCUUGUCCAUGCAAGCUCUCGUCAGCAUUCUAACUGCACCUUGGUAAGGCUAAAUCAAAAUGCACCGAGUGACUCAGUGCACUUGUUUGCCCGUGAGGAGUUCACAACUCAAAAGACCGCUCAGCGGCAUUCAAUUGGACAAUAAUGCUUUUGCAGUCACAACUCAAAAGAAGUAUUUUGGUGUUCUUGGAUUUUUGUGCAGCUUUACUCUUGUUUAUUUAUUUUCGGUACUUUAGUCCUUCCUGGUCAGCUACAGGGGAACUGAGAAAAUCGAAUCAGGAAGGAAGCAUGAUGGACAGUAAGCAAUUUGACAUCAACGUGUUGAAUGGUGGUACUUCCUUUUCAUUGUCCUGUUCUCCACCUCACUCAGUUAGAGGACAGUCCUUCAAUUGUGGAAGCAAUUUAGUAGUUAUCAAGGAACUAGUCCAGCAUGUAUUUUUCAAGGAAAUAUUUAAGCUGUGUGGAGGGAACUCGCAAUAAGCUGGUCAUCUCUGAGGUUUGCGAUACCUAGUUUGGCACUGCGGCGCAUAGACAUUCCCCCCCUUACAUAGAGAACUACAGUUUUGUUGAGGCCCUGGGUACUGCUAUUUGCUGGGCUCUUUUAAGCAUCAGAGUCGGGCAUUUCUCAACUGUUUCAUGAAAAUAUUGCGACCUGAGUGAGAAGAACAAGGGGAACCGAGGGGCUCCAUAUUGGUUUACAUCUUUUGCCAUGGCUGUGAUUGGCACUGGCUAACACUCCCAGGGCUAAUCUUGCAGACUAAAUAUUCAAGAACAUUGAUGGGAUGAUGUAAUGAUGUAAUGACCAUGGCAGUUUGCAUUUGGUGUCAUUACAUCAACAGUAACUUGUUGGUAUUAGAAUAAAAGUGGCAAACUUCAAUAUGUAUUCUUGCUUUGCUGUCAUUUCUGUGUUUUACACCAACAGAAUGAAGGAGCAUUUGCCAGCAGUAGCCGUGCUGCAGGUUUUAUUGGCUGCAUUAUUCCAUUCUAGUGGAUGCUUAAGUGACACAUUGUGGUUUACUUGACCUUGCUUUGUGUAUUUACUGCCCCUGCCUCAGAACUUUGAGCUCGUGCAUUGGUGUUAUGGUUGUUUGUCAGUCACCUUAUGAGCUGGAGUAUCCUUUUUUUUGGUGGAAUAAACCUCGUAGCUUGCAGAUUUACCAUUUACCUUAAGAUCCCUGUAUAUGACAUAAGCAUGUAUGUACCACCCUCUUUUUCCUAAUUCUGACACUAGCUUUUCUGCAAGGAAGUUUUCUAAGCCAAUGAUGGUGUAGACAGUUUUGCAGUCAGUGCAAUGUAUGUUUUACGAGACGAAAAAUGUAGAAAUGUAGUUGCGAGCUUCAUGUUGAAACAGCAAGCCAUGGACAUGUACUGGCUGGUGUGGUUAUCAUGUUGCACCUUAAUUUUAACAAUGGCGGCUGUUGCUAUUAGGCGAAUGAGGUGCACUUGUGAAUUAGACGGGUGUAUAUGCCAGUCAGUCUACCAGCACGAUGGGAAAGAUAAAAGUAAUAAUAAUGAUUAAAAAGAAACAGUGUUACCAGCAUGUUGUAUUGCCAGGGACUCGUUACUUUGGGAACAUUUUUUUUUCUCGUACUUGGAGCACAUAAAUUAAUUGACAUAGUGGGUUGCCCUGUCCUUUGACUAUGGCCUGUGUAGUAGUUCUCAUGGGUAGUUAUUGACAUAGGAACUGAAACUGUUAAGUCUUCGGAACUGACCAAUAGUCUUUUGAACUUGAAUGUAAUAUGUGCAUCAGAUUUUGCUUCUCGUAACCUUAAAAACAAUGCUCAUAUUAUACGUGUGGAAUAUUAUGAUAAUGAGUCAUUUGGCAGCAGGUGUAUUAAUUGGACUAAUUAAACAUACUGAAGCAUUAUUGUGUGCUGAAGAAGCCAUUAUAUAGCCUGCUGUGCUGACAUUUUUCAGUCUACAACUACAUGGAACGCAAAAUUUUGUAUUAUGCUUGCUUUUACCAAAAUAAGAAAUAUUGUAGUUACAUGAUACCGUAGACAUUUUCUGGCUGGUACCAUAGGUACUCAUCGGUAAAACAAAGGAACAGAAUGUUGGUCUGCAUGUCUUUUGGAAUAUGUAGCAAGGUACUUUCAUAGUACUUGUUUUAUAUGUAAUUCACUUUUUUUUUACUUCCUCUUUACAAUAGUUUUGAUAUUAACUUCUUGGUGGUAGCACAACAUGCAGCAUCUGGGUUGCUUAACCCUUUCCCUACUGAGAACGAGCCAGGCUAGCCGUUCAGAAAGGUACCGCUCCUACCGAGGACCGGCUGGGCUCAUCCAUACUAAGACCUGCAAACACAAGCUUGGCUACACUGCACAUAAGUUACAUGGGCGUUAAUCAAAGGGAUAGUACCACUCCAUUUUAGUGCCAAGAACACGCCUCAGUUAACCUUAAGGUUUUGAAGCUCUGCAGUAAAGUUUUUAUUUGUACUUUGAGUAAACAAACCCAGUUUGUUUUUAAAGCAUUGUUUAAAAUCCUGUCGUGAAAUAAAGAUAUUCAAUAGUAUAUUAUUUUUGCUCUCUCUUUGUGUAUAUGUUUGCUUGAACCGAUAAAAACAAUCAGGAUAUUUGGGUCGUUUUUACAGAGUGUGCUCAGUAGUGAGAGGGUUAAUGUGCCAAGUGGGGAUUUGUAAUUUUGACAGAUGUGACACAUUGAGAGGUGGGCUGACAAAGUGCGCAUUUAUUUCCGCGUUGUUGUUGGUGAUUCAAAACACAUUCCAUGCUACAAAUGCCCUCUGUUCAGUGGGGCCUUGUUGAAUACAGUUUGUAAAGUCUGUGAACAACUGCCAGUGGUCUUUCACCUUACGCAUUUUCAGGGAUGUGGCCCUUGUUAACAUGAACCAUUGUUGAAUUCCCUCUUGUGUAUGUUAUGAAAGAGCAUUGUAAAGUUAUGUUUUCUGGCUCAGGCCCUGCAGUAUUAGCAGGUGCAAAUUUUACACAGCCAUCAGCAACUGUUGUGCUGCUGACAAGUCUCAACAGUGUAGGCAGGAAAAAAGCAUUUUAACAGCAUUGCUUGAUUUAAUCACUUUGUGCCUUUGAGACCCUGAUCAAUCUGUUAAAAAUUGGCGAUAUGCAUGUAUGAGUGCAAAAUAACAUUUGAUGCUGAAUGACAGGUGUAUGUAUUGUAUUGAGGAAGCUAGUAAUGGAGUGGUAUAUAGUUGUGGAAGUUUACAUGCACCAUACCUCCAGAUUUUAUUUUCAGUGUAUAUGUACAUCAGUUGUUACGCAUCACAACAGUCUCUUGCAUUGUUUUAUAGAUAGCUGCCUGUAGUUUUAUGCAACACUUCUGUUAUGUGCAUGCACAAGAUGUUAAAUGUAGCAGUAGUGAAAAUGAAAAUGUUUCUGCUAGGAUUCACAUAGUCUUAAUGUACUUUGCAAUAGGCAACACUAAGAAACAUGACAAUAUAUGUAGCUUUCUAUUUACUCAUUUCCUAGCUUACACACCAAAGAUAUGUAGCUAAGUUGUGUUGCACUUCUAUGUCUCUUGGCCAUAGGACACAGCUGUACACAUUCUCUUUGAAGUCUAGUCUCUUGAUGUAUGUGUAUGGUUUUCUGCACUCUAGUGAGAAUAGUACAACAGAACCUUGUUACAGUGAAUUUUCAUGGACUUAGACAUGUUCACCAUGCUCAGUUCUUGAGUUACACUUCUGCUGAGAACAAGGUCACAGGUUUUGGUACCUGACCAUGGUUGAAGCAUCUUGAUUGAGGCCAAAAAUUAUAGAAUAAGCACUUGAUACACUCAAGAUAUCAGUGCUAGCUGCAGUUAAUAUAACCUGACAAAGAUUCUGGUUUACAGGUAUGUGAUAAUCAAAUAGACUGGAUAUCUUUGCUUUCUAACAGCUGUCAUAAAAUGGAAGGUGUGGAUAAGAGAAUCUAGGCUUUGUAGUUCUUUCACCUGCCGAUUUUUAUAGUGCUUUGCCAUUAUGAGUGGACUUAAGUUAGUAUGUUAAACGCCUACUGCAAUGGAAUUUCACUUUCUGUAAAUUGGUUAUAAAUAACAAUUGUGAGACUAAAAGCAAUCUUGGAAAACUGCAGGUCUUGUAAUUGUCCAAUUCUCUUAUCAACAGCCUUAAAAUGAAACCUAAACAGGCAGCACGUGCACCUGGUGGUUAGCAAGUACGACUCAAAUCAUAGUCCAUGGCAUUGCGAUCAAGUGUGCUGUGUAAUCUUGCAAGUCAUGCUUAGGUGCCGUGCUGGUUCUCAAAGUUCCAUGUAUGAUUUUUGGCAAGUGGCAGCGUCUUUUUCUCGAGUUUCAUAAUAGAAAACGUUCAGUUUUGCAAAUUUUUCAUGUUGUAGCCACUUUUAUUUUGAAUGCAGAAUUUUAUUACUAAUAUAUGAAACUAAACAUUUUAUGUGGUGCACACAGCGCAGGCCUUAAUAGUAGCAACCUAGACACUUCUACUACAAUUUCCAACUUUUUGAUAACUUAGGUUGGACCAUACACCAGUUUCUCAGGUGACACACAAAUUGAUCGUAUGCAUACACAAGUACUUUUGAAGUGGCAGUUUUCAAUACCUCGAUUUUCUGUCUUCAUAUUGUCGUUGUAUUGGACAUGUAGUAAAGUGCUUGCUUGUAAAAUUUGCUGUAACAGAGUUCUGCUGUGCUCUGCAAGGCUGCAGUUGGCACUCCUUUCUGUGCUCACUGCAUGUGUUGCCCCAAGUGUAUUGUACUUAUCACUUGGCCAUAUUUCCUUAGUGUAGGACACAAUCUUAUGGGCUUCCACUUAGCCACUCGUAGCUUGUUUACGCCACAUACAAUUAUAGCAGUUAGCAUGCAUUGUGUGUGCUUCUGGACAGCACAUGCUCACUGUCAAUGCAACGUUUUGCGGACAUUCCUUCAACUGUCUGUGAUGAUAGUUGGGUAGCACAUCAUCUGAAAGCCUCAAUUUUGAGAACUGCGUUGUGCAGCCAUGUUUGUGUACUUGUUUACGUACAUGUUUAUGUUCCUUGCCACAAUUACAAAUUGUUUUAUUUAUCUCUGUGUACUGUAAUAUGACGCAAAUAAAACGGUCAUCCUGCCAAA